GCCGGUGGCGGCGGGGUCGGGCGGUGAUGGUGGCGGCGGUGCCAUGAACGCGGAGCGGGACCUGGCGCCGCUGGCGCCCAGCGUGGUGCGGGCGCUGAACGACAAGCUGUACGAGAAGAGGAAAGUGGCGGCCCUCGAGAUCGAGAAGCUGGUACGAGAGUUUGUGGCUCAGAACAACACGUCUCAAAUCAAGCAUGUGAUCCUCAUCCUGUCGCAGGAGUUUGCACUCUCUCAACAUCCCCACAGCCGGAAAGGGGGACUCAUCGGCCUGGCUGCUUGCUCCAUCGCCCUGGGCAAGGACUCUGGGCUCUACCUGAAGGAGCUGAUUGAACCAGUGCUGACGUGUUUCAACGAUGCUGACAGUCGGCUGCGGUACUAUGCUUGUGAGGCCCUCUAUAACAUUGUGAAGGUGGCCAGAGGCUCUGUCCUCCCACACUUCAAUGUGCUCUUUGAUGGCCUCAGCAAGCUGGCUGCUGAUCCUGACCCAAAUGUCAAAAGUGGCUCUGAGCUCCUAGAUCGACUUCUCAAGGACAUCGUGACAGAGAGUAACCAGUUUGACUUGGUAGGCUUCAUCCCGCUGCUGCGUGAGAGGAUUUACUCCAACAACCAAUAUGCCCGUCAGUUCAUCAUAUCCUGGAUCCUGGUCUUAGAGUCUGUGCCUGACAUCAACCUUUUGGAUUACCUGCCAGAAAUCCUGGAUGGGCUCUUCCAGAUCCUGGGAGACAACAGUAAAGAGAUACGAAAAAUGUGUGAGGUGGCUCUUGGGGAGUUCCUCAAGGAGAUCAAGAAGAAUCCCUCUAGUGUCAAGUUUGCAGAAAUGGCCAAUAUUCUGGUGAUCCACUGCCAGGCUGCAGAUGACCUGAUCCAGCUGACUGCCAUGUGCUGGAUGAGGGAGUUCAUCCAGCUGGCUGGCCGAGUGAUGCUGCCUUACUCCUCAGGGAUCCUGACUGCUGUCCUGCCAUGUCUCUCCUACGAUGAUCGCAAGAAGAACAUCAAAGAGGUGGCAAACGUGUGCAACCAGAGUCUGAUGAAGCUUGUCAUCCCAGAGGACGACGAAGUGGAUGAGGCCAAGCAGUCAGUAACCCUGUCAGAAGAGCCCAACCUGGAGGAGCCCGUCUCCAAGCCAGAGGCAGCAUCCAGUGGCUCUCUGGAUGCUUCUGGUGACUCCAACGUGAGCAACGCCAGUGUCUGCACAGUAACCAGCUCUGAGAGAAUCCAGGUGACGCUCAACCUGGAUGGAAUAGUUCAGGUGUUGGAUUGCCACCUUCAUGAUACAUCCAUUGGGAUGAUGACCAGAAUUGCAGUCCUGAAAUGGCUCUAUCACCUGUACAUCAAGACUCCUCGUAAGAUGUUCCGACACACCGACAGCCUCUUCCCCAUCUUGCUGCGGACCCUCUCAGACGAGUCAGAUGAGGUUAUCCUCAAGGACCUGGAAGUGCUGGCUGAGAUUGCCUCUUCUCCAGCAGGACAGACAGAGGGAUAUGGCCCCUCCGAGGCUGCAGAGCCACGACCCAGCCAGGUGGAGCUCCAUGUCCCCAUCCGGAACAGCCAGCUGAGCUCCUCAGCUGUGGGAGCACACCAGCAGUGCGGUGAGCCUGGGUGCUGCAGGAGCCCAUUGCCAGGCUGGGAGCUUCCCUUGGGACCUAAAGGCUUGGAGUGCUCUCCCUCCACCCCCACCAUGAACUCCUACUUCUACAAGUUCAUGAUCAACCUGCUCAAGAGGUUCAGCAGCGAGCGGAAACUCCUGGAGACGAGAGGAGCCUUCAUCAUCAGGCAGCUCUGUCUGCUUCUGAACGCAGAGAACAUCUUCCACUCCAUGGCGGACAUCCUGCUGCGGGAGGAGGACCUCAAGUUUGCCUCCACCAUGGUGCACACACUGAACACCAUCCUGCUCACCUCCUCCGAGCUCUUCCAGCUGAGGAACCAGCUGAAGGACCUGAGGACACCGGAGAGCCGCAACCUGUUCUGCUGCCUGUACCGCUCCUGGUGCCACAACCCAGUGACCACCGUGUCCCUCUGCUUCCUCACCCAGAACUACAAGCACGCCUACGACCUCAUCCAGAAGUUUGGGGACCUGGAGGUCACAGUGGAUUUCCUCACCGAGGUGGACAAGCUGGUGCAGCUCAUCGAGUGCCCCAUAUUCACAUACCUGCGCCUGCAGCUGCUGGAUGUGAAGAACAACCCCUACCUGAUCAAGGCACUCUAUGGGUUGCUGAUGCUGCUGCCCCAGAGCAGUGCCUUCCAGCUGCUGUCCCACCGCCUGCAGUGCGUCCCCAACCCCGAGCUCAUGCAGAGCGCGGACGGCAGCAGGGUGAGCACGAGCUCCCGCAGGCCGGCAUCCUCCACCAUCGACUACACGGAGCUGCUGCAGCACUUUGACAAGGUUCAGAGCAAACACCUGGAAGUGAGGCACCAGCGAGCGGGGCGGGCAGAGCAGCCGGAGCGACGCGUCGUGCUCUGAGCACGGGGACAAGGGAACACGGACCAGGGCACAGGGACAGCGGAGAUGCCGGUGCUUUUAGGGCAGAGGGUGCGGGGUUUUUCCCCUCUGUGUCAGUGUGAGGGACCCCAGGCUGUGCCCGGCGUCGUGCUUGGAAGCUGCGGGAGGAGAGGGAGUGGGGAAGGCACGGUGUCUUCUCUUGCAAUAGGGUGAGCAGACUUUGCUUCGC